AGAAAGAACGAGAGAGAGAUUUGAUUCUCAGUGACCUUCGAAAGAUUUUUUAUUUUGACUGCUCGUUUCGUAAUUGAACCGUACCAAACCAGAAUAAACCGGGACACAAUAAUUUUGAUUAGUUAUUUUAUUCUCUCAUCAAAAAAGGGGGCCCAGAGAUCAAAGACUCUUCUGGUACUCGGAGACAUCAGCUUUUUUGGAUCUUCUGAUUUUUUCGAUUAGGGUCUCCUCUACCACCUUUUAAAGUUAUGGCACUAGUGAAAGAGGACCGCUGCGAGGAGUCUCAUAAGUAUAUGGGUUUUGCUCUGCACCAGGCUAAGCUUGCUCUAGAAGCUCUUGAAGUUCCCGUGGGAUGUGUCAUUCUUGAGGAGGGUAACAUCAUCGCUUCAGGGCGAAACCGAACUAAUGAGACACGCAAUGCCACAAGACAUGCAGAGAUGGAAGCAAUCGAUGAACUUAUUGGACAAUGGCAGAAAGAUAGGCUCUCACCUUCACAAGUCGCUGAGAAAUUCUCGAAGUGCGUUCUUUACGUAACAUGUGAACCUUGCAUAAUGUGUGCAUCUGCCUUAUCGUUUCUCGGUAUAAAGGAAGUGUAUUAUGGAUGCGGAAAUGAUAAAUUUGGGGGUUGUGGUUCCAUAUUGUCACUUCACAUAGGGAGUUCUCAGACUGAACAAGGUCAAGGAAAAAAAGGGUACAAGUGCAGAGGAGGAAUAAUGGCAGAGGAAGCUGUCUCUCUUUUCAAAUGUUUCUAUGAGCAAGGCAAUCCCAACGCCCCAAAGCCACACCGUCCUGUAGUUCAAAGAGAGAUGGCUUAGAGGCGAACAUGUUGCGAAAAUUGGUGUUUUUAACUAGGAUAUGAAGAAGUUGAGGUAGAGUUUGUCGAAUGAUGAUUCUACAUAUGGAACGUUAUCAGUUAUAUCCAAUACAUAUGUAUAACCUCUUAAGUUGGAUAUUUCAGUUUUGAGCUAUUUAAGGAAUUAGCUGCUGUUUGUAACUUUUUUCUUGUGUUGGUAGAUGAUUAGACAUGACCAUCAUGAGAAGUAGAAAAGGUGAACUCUGUUUUCUAUCCAUAAACACUCUAACAGACUUGUUCUUUUACUAUC